CAAACCGCUGCCACUACACCUUCAAAUAAUUCUACUUCAUCCGUUAACGGAAAAACUUCUACUUCACAUCAAAAGCCACAGCCACCACACAACUCGGUAAUUGGCAACGGUAACGCUAACACUAACGCUGGGCGAUCUGCGCCUACGAUCAAAGCUAUUCAACAAAAAAAUCCAGUACAAUUACCAACAAAGGGGCAACCUCGAGAAAAUAAUGUCACUGCAAUUCAAUUUGGAUCAUUAAAUAAGCCCUCUGCUCCUUCUUUGUCUACCUCUCCGGUAAAUAACUCUAUUCCUGUAAAGAGUGGGGGUGCUCUUCCUCCGAUAGUACCGGAAAUCAAAACGGUGUUUGGAUCAUUACCUGCACGAGGUGCUUCCGAAGAAUUGGUGCAACCAACGCCGACACCACCAGCUGUUGUUACUAGUGGCCCUGGUGCUUUUACUACUACUACUACAACACCAAGGCCUGUAGCUGCACGUAUAAAUGAAAUUCCUCGAACACAAUCUGCUCCUCCGCAGCUUAAUCUCCAAGAUUCAAAUAACGUAAAAAACGUAGGUCAACCAUCAGGUCAUCAGUCGUCUAAUAUAACGUCUCGUACUCAACCAGAUUCUGUGUCUUCAACAGUAUCAUCCAACGAUGGUCAACAGAACCAACAUUUUCAUCCACACCAACCGCAAUCACAUCAUACUAACCAUAAUCAUACAAAUCAGCACGCUCAUUCGAGUUAUGGAUCUCAUCAUCCUCAUGGUCGGCCACACCCACAUUAUAAACCCGGGGGAAUGCCCGGAUCUGGUCAAGGUGUACCCAAUCAACAUCAAAGGCCAAGAGAUAGUAAAACCGGGUUAACUGGACCUGUUCAACCUUCUCCUACAAUAAGCCCUGCUCAGCCGACAGUUCCGCCGCAAGGCGGGAUUCCGUUAACUGGACCACAACCUACAAUGACGAUGAACGUGCAACAAAUGUGGCCCUAUUCGCGUCUACCGCCGCAAUAUCCAUAUACACCGGGACCAUUCUAUCCAAUACCGCUUCCUCAAUCUUAUGUGCCUGCUGUUCAACGACCUAAUAUACCACAACAUCACAUACCGCAACAGACAACUGUUUCUCAGUUUACGGCACCAUCUGGUGGUGCGAAAAGUCGUGCCAUUCCAAUAAUUAAUCCUGUUGAUAAUACUACAGUAGUUGUACCAGCACAAACUUCGUCUACAGCCCCAAGCGUAAAGAAAGAUGAGACACCUACUGUCACGGCUAAUGAUGUUAAAAAACUCGACGAUGUGGAUAAAGAGAAAGAAAAACAACUUACUGAUGAUAAGAAAGAUUCUAAAGCUAUUAAGAUUGUUAACCCUGCUGAAAAAGAUAAAAUAGAGCGGGAAAAAAAGGAAAAAGAGGAGAAAGAACAACGUGAGCGUGAAGAAAAGGAACGCAUAGAACGAGAAGAAAAAGAGCGAAAAGAAAAGGAAGAAAAAGAACGAAGAGAACGAGAAGAAAAAGAACGCGAAGAGAAAGAACGUAAAGAGCAGGAAGAAAAAGAACGAAGAGAACGAGAAGAAAAAGAACGCGAAGAGAAAGAACGUAAAGAGCGCGAAGAAAAAGAACGUAAAGAGCGUGAAGAAAAAGAACGUAAAGAGCGCGAAGAAAAAGAACGCAAAGAACGUGAGGAGAAAGAACGCAUAGAACGUGAAGAGAAAGAACGCAAAGAACGUGAGGAAAAAGAGCGCAAAGAGCGUGAGGAAAAGGAGCGCAAAGAGCGUGAGGAAAAAGAACGUAAAGAGCGUGAGGAGAGAGAGCGUAAAGAACGUGAGGAGAGAGAACGUAAAGAACGUGAAGAGAAAGAGCGUAAAGAACAAGAGGAACGAGAAAGAAAAGAGCGUGAGGAAAAGGAACGUAAAGAACGAGAAGAAAUUGAAAAGAAAAAGAAAGAAGAAAAAGAGCGAGAAGAAAAAGAACGGGAAGAAAAAGAGCGAAAAGAAAGAGAGCGAGAAGAAAAAGAACGGGAAGAAAAAGAGCGGGAGGAAAAAGAGCGAGAAGAGCAAGAACGACACCGACCUGGACCAUUGGAUUUAUCUCGCACGACCUCUGCACCUGCUGGUCCACUUAGCAGUGCUCGCAUAAUUGAUGAUUUAAAUUCUGUACAAUAUCCACCAAAUAUAAAAUCACCUAAUCCUAAUUUGAACGCCAAUGCUGUUCCUGGAAAAUAUAAAUAUGAUCGCACUUUUUUAAUGCAAUUCAUGAAUGUUUGUAAAGAAAAACCAGAAAACUUACCCGCACUUGACGCUAUUGGUAUGGAUGAACCCAAAGAUGACAAAAAAGGUGCACGAAGCGGUACUUCACGUUUAGGCUCACGCCCACCUUCACAACAUUCUAAAAGCAGUCCCAGCCAGGCAUCGCAAUUUCAACAAAUGGGUGACUUUAAGUCUCCACCAAAAAGCAAUGAAGACCGAUUUAUGAUGCAAACUGCUACAACUUCUGGUAGGACAAGUUUAAGUUCAAGUAGUUUUGGAAGAUCAACUACGCUUGGCCCUCGUACUGGAAGUGGAAGCACUUUAUUGCCCGCGCCCUCGUCAAUGGGAGUAGGUCCUAGUCCUCCAAGCCCAGGACGAGGUAGUAGACGUGAUACUAGUAAACGUAAUAGCCGAGUCGGACAUCAGCUAACUCAAGCUGGGGGACAAGACGCAGUGACACCUCUUGAGCCUACAGAAGGCCGGUGGGUUCCUGGCAUGAUAAAUAAUAUGUCUAGAGGAUCAGACGACCUUAUACCAAUGGAAGUGGUUCAACGUAAAGUGAAAGCUCUUCUGAACAAAUUGACAUUAGAAAAAUUCGAUAGUAUAUCGGAUCAAAUUAUUGAUUAUGCAAAUAAAUCUAAAUAUGAAAGAGAUGGUCGUAUACUUAAAGAGGUUAUUCGACUUACCUUUGAGAAAUCUUGUGAUGAACCAAACUUUAGUCAAAUGUAUGCACAGCUUUGUCGUAAAAUGAUGGAAAGAAUUGAUGUUGAAAUAGUGGAUGAGAAUGUUAAAAACUCCGAGGGUAAACCUGUUCAAGGAGUGAAUGUUCCAGUUCCUUCUAAUGAUAAAGGUGAGCCUGACCUUAUGUCAGAUGAAUACUAUACUGCGGCUAAAGCAAAAAGACACGGCCUUG